AUGGAUCUAAAUAAUCGACUAGUAAUCAAAAUCGAAGUAGACAUACUCGUCACCAAAACCUACGUAGAACCAGGGCAACUACAUCCCGAAUGUCCUCUGCGUGCUCAGCCCGUUACCACUGUCUUCCAUUUAACUCGACACGAUCCAAUCCUCGCACUCGAAGACCUCUACCUACACGAUUUCCUAGACUGGGUGCAAGAAAACGCAAACGACAAACGCUCUGAAAUUGCCAACCGACACCCGCGCGUUAGAGAUCAUACCUGGCGCGCUAAGAACUUGUAUUGGAUUGAAGAUGCGAAUGAAGAUAUGAUACCCGUGCUCGUACAGGAUGAAACGCGGUUUAACAUCGCGCUGGAUACUUUGGGUGUUGCUGAUACACGAAAUAAGGGGGUUUUUCUCGUUACGAUUGUUGAGGAUGAUGAUGGUGAGGGUAACGGUGAUCAUGCCUCAACGACUGCGGGGCGGGGAUCUGAUGGAGGGGAGACUUCACCUGGGACGAAGGCUGGCGUAAAGUGUAAGGUUAAUGGAAAUGGGAAGGGAAAGAAAGAAGAGUAG